CGUUGUUGAGGAUGUCGCUAACGAUUGCCGACUUUCUCAAAGCGUCGUCGACGGAAGCGUCGGCUCAUGCGGGCACGCCGGCGGACACAGGAUUGACCGUGUCGGGCUUGACCCAUCAGCAGAAACUUCCAUCUGCAACGCCGUACUUGUCGCUCACGUGGAGUAAGAAAGGCAAGAAGUUUGUCGUGACGGACCAAACCCUCGUCGACAUCCUGUCAGUGUACGGUCCUGUGAAGCAGGUGAUCAUGGGCACGGGGUCACGGAAGACUGCCAUCGUCGAGUUCGAGCGCGUCAAGGAUGCACAGGUCGCGAAGCAAGCACUGGACGACAGUGGCGCGGUCUUCCACGGCAAGAAGUUCCACGUCGAACCAGCCAUGUUGCGCAAGGCGUUUGAAGACGAAUGCAGUUUCAACCGUGUGCCCAACUACGACAGCGCGCGGCGCCAAGUCGACCCGGCGACGUUCGUGCCAGGGUUGCUCGUGUACAACGACUUCAUCACGCCAGAACAAGAGACGUUGCUGCUGGCGGAAUUGGACAAGGCCGAGUGGAAGAACGACGUGCGCGCGCGCCAAGUGCAGCACUUUGGCUACGUGUUCAACUACAAGACGCAAAAGUGCGACGCGUCCACGCCCCUCGAGGACAUGCCGCCGUUCUGCCGCAGCUUGAUCGACACGAUGCCGCCAACGUUUGACGGAGUCCCGGACCAAAUCACAGCCAACGAGUACCUUCCUGGUCAAGGCAUCUCUGCUCACAUUGACACGCACUCUGCCUUCACGGGCUCCAUCGGGACUUUGAGCCUCGGCCAUGCGAGUGUGAUGGAGUUCCGACACCCAGAAGACGGUCGAUGCGAGACGUUCCUGCUGGAACCUCGUGCGUUGUACAUUAUGACGGGCGCGUCGCGAUAUCAGUGGACUCACUGCGUGCAUCCUCGGCUAUUUGACGUGGUGGACGGCGCCAAGGUCCCGCGACGCCGCCGCGUGUCGAUCACGUUUCGAAAGUUGCAAGCCACGCCGUGCACGUGUGCGUACCCAGACCAAUGCGACUCGCAGCAGUACACGGAAGCCACGACGUCGACGGAGAAGAUGAGUCCCACCGAGAUUGAACAGCGCUAUGUUCACGACUUUUACGAAACCAUCGCCGAGCACUUUAGCAGCACGCGGCACUCGCCAUGGCCGCGUGUGGAAGCGUUUGUGCGUGGGUUGCCUCUGGGCACGCUCGUGGCCGACAUUGGAUGUGGCAAUGGCAAGUACAUGAAGUGCGUGGGCACACCGAGUGGAUGCGUUGGCGGCGACCGCAGCGAAAGCUUGGUGAAGAUUUGCAAGAGUCGCGACUUGAAUGUGCUUGUGUUGGAUGCCCUCGUGGUCCCCCUGCGCUCGAACGCGUUCGACGUGGCGCUGUCCAUCGCGGUGCUGCAUCACUUGAGCACGCUGGCCCAUCGCCUCCAAGCGGUCAAGGAGGUCCUUCGCGUGCUUCGCGUGGGCGGCCAAGGCCUCAUAUACGCGUGGGCGCAAGAGCAAACCCAGGAUUCACGCCGCGCGUUCGAUUCACACAAGCAAGACUGCAUGGUGCCGUGGAACUUGGACAAGCGCUUCGCCAAGGUCGACGCUGACUCUGGGGAACCCGUGGUUGUGCAGCGAUACUGCCACAUGUUCAAAGAGGGAGAACUGGAUUCGCUGGUGCGCAUGUCCGGCAAUGCUGUGGUGAACGAGUCGUACUACGACCAGGACAAUUGGGCCAUUCGGUUCACCAAAACUAGCGACAUUUGAACAAAUAAUGCAGCCAAAAUGCGUAGUAGUACUAUUAAUAGUACUAUUAAUAGUAUUGUGAAUUCGCUAUUAUAUAAACAUCCA